UGUGUUUAAAGGCCUUUCUGCCAUUCCUUAUGAAUAUCAAGAGGUAAUAUCAGGGGAGGAACAAACAGUCCAGACGUCUCCCAACAAUCCCUCAAAGGUCAAAGCGCUCAACACUGCACAUUUGAGUAACAGCACUGAUCUGGAGGAAGUGAAAUUAAACAAAACUACACAGACCUUGAUGACAUUCUCCAUUUCAAAGGAUUCUGUGCAUUUCCUCAAAAGCCUGCUGGUCACACGUGUCAUGCCCUCUUUCUACAUCCUCCUCUUCCUCAUUAGUUUGCCUCUAAACGCAUUGGCCCUGGUGACGUUCACCUGUAAGAUUAAAGAAAAGAAACCGGCUGUGAUCUACAUGUCAAACCUGGCGUGUGUGGAUCUGCUCUUCACCCUGCUGCUUCCUCUGAAGAUCCACUAUCAUCUGAAUGGAUCUGAUUGGGUGUUUGGUGAGGUGGCGUGUCGCGUGCUAAGCGCUGCUUUCUACUGCUACAUGUACUGCUCCAUACUGCUGAUGAUGUGCAUGAGUGUGGACAGACUGCUGGCUGUGGUUUUCCCCAUCGUCUCUCUGACCUGGAGGACAACGAGGAAUUCUGCUUACAUUUGUGCGCUGGUCUGGAUGUUGGCACUCAUUGGCACAGUGCCACUUCUCCUAAUAACACAAACAUUAAACAUCAAGGAUUUGGGCAUGACCUGCCACGAUGCAUUGCGUUAUGACGACCCAGCAGAUCAGACAUACAUGAACCUGUUCUCCAUUCUGUCCUGUCUUUACUUUUUCCUGCCGCUGGUCAUCACUUUGGUGUGUUACUCUAGUAUUAUAUAUGCACUCAGUGUCAAAUCUGGUCGCUUAGCAACAUCAUCAUCAUCAUCCUCAAAUCAACGAAGAAGAGCCAUUAUUAUGACUAUUGCCACAAUGAUAGAGUUUGUGGUUUGCUUUGCAGCAAGUAAUGCUAUCUUGUUGUAUCACUGUGUUGUUUUGAUCACAGGAGGCACCAGAGGAGAGGGAAACGCAUCAUAUAUGGCUUACAUGUUAGCUGUGUGUGCAGGGAGCUCAAGUGUUUUUCUGGAUCCUCUGCUGUAUUAUUAUGGGUCGUCUCAGUGCAGACAGCAGAUCAGAUCUGUGUUUUGGUGGAAGAAAACAAAACUGCACAGCUACAGAGCUUCAAAGUUAUCAAACACUACUGAGCUGAGCAUACAAACAGAAUCAUGUUAAUGUGUUCUGAUAAAACGCAUAGUUUGCAUUAUUUUCAGAAUUGGAAGUUCAUUUGAGUAUAUGCUAGCCUACAUGUAAUCCUCAUUGUAAUGAAUGCUUUCUGGCUUACAUGAGCAUCUUAGAGUUAAAGCAGUUAAACUACACAGAAAUUGGUAUUAUAUUGUGUGUGUACCCUGUAAAAAGGUCUUUAGAAUAUAAAGCAUGUUCAGUUUGCUCAACGUCAGAAAUAUCCAAAUUGUGUAACCAAAUAAUAUUUAACAUUUUAUUUAAUAAAAUCAAAGACAUUUGAUAU